GGAUAAAAUUAAAACUGUUGACAUCACUAUAGAUAGUCUGGGAUAAAAUUAAACCUGUCUGAAAACACUGAGAGCUCACAACACAAUUGACAUAGAGAACAACACAGGGUUAAAAUGGAGAAAAAAUGGUGAUACACCCCAAAUCAUCAUGACAAAUCAUGCUAUUUUAUUAUGUUAUCUCGCUUAGCACAAUAAUAUUAUCCGUGGCUGUUUUGAUUUACACAGUUCAAACAAUUACACGUUUUAAAUUGGAAUUCAAACUUCCCGCAAAUGUUACACUGAACGUGUUAAACAAACCUACCACGAAUGAAAGAAAUCUUAAUUUUGAGAUCAACCAGUCAGAUAAAGUGCAAGCUCACGUUUAUCUUUGCCCGUCAACCAGGUUUUCUGGAGCUGAGAAUUCAAUUGAUCCAAUAUUCAGUCCGACUCAGCAUUCAGUUCUAUAUAUAGACCAGAGUACAUUGGGAUUCACUCAACACAACAGUGGUGUGGAUAUAACACAAGAAGGAAUUAAAAUAUUAUUUUCUGGUUUUUACUUUAUAUACAGCAACGUAAACUUUAAACCUAACACAACCCAGUCUUCAACAUAUUUCACAUACCAGAAGUGGUUUCAGUACGUCCGCAGACACUCAGCCAACAACCCAGUUUUAUCUGGUGUCUUGUUGAGGACCGUCCACACUACUUGUGACAACUGUACUAACAGCCAAGAAACUGCUUAUACAGGUGGGGUAUUCUAUCUACAAACCGGCGACCUCAUUGAAGUGUGUGUGUCAGGUCAAGGACUUGUUGAUUUUGGACCAGAACAAACAUACCUCGGUCUUUUUCUACUGCAAUCUUAGUUACACAAACCAUGAAAACCCCAAACAAAGUGAGAAAAAGAAAAUUGGAGCCAACAGGUACGCCUGAAGAUAUGCCAUACUGUGAGAGUCUAAGUAAAGUUAUCAAAAGUGACCAAACAGAUGUCUUUAAUUCAGGCAAUCAUUAAGCUGAGAUGUGCUAUGGAGGAGAAGCUGAUCUACACAAACAUGUUAAUAACUGUAAAAAGAAUCCAGGUCACAAAGGUUUUAUACCUCUUAAAGAUUUCAACAUAAAAUAUCUCCCCUCACGUUUCCAUGACGACGACCUCAUGUCUGAGACAAUCAAAACAUUGGCAGCCCUAACUGUCCAGGUAAAGACUAAAUUCACUAGUCUAGAGAGACCAGAGUUUUACCCAGGCACUCAAGUUCCAUAUCCAUGUUAUAAUGACAGAGGAAGUCACGUGAUGAGGUUAGGGACUGGAAGGGUGUGGUGUGUGUACAAGUACACAGAGAGUGAGGGUACUUGUCAUUGUGCCAAGUGUCAAGACUCUGCCACACCCAGCAAGGUGUGGGGGCAGGUUCAUGUGUUGACAGCCACACACGUGGUGUUUGAUGACAGUGAGGCGAGACAGACCAGGUGUGUUUUAGGUUUUGUUGACAAUAAAAGUCCAGUGGUCAGUCUUGAUGGAUGGGAGGUGUGGCGUAAGGCAAACAUUGAGGGAGACUGGUGUAGGUUGACAUAUUCGACAUGUGACUUAGAGUUGGUUGAUGAACUGGACAAGAUGUGCCAGCACUUUGAUGACUUAUGUGGGGAAGUAGAGGACAAAUACAGGAGAUUUCAUGAUGUGGUAAAGUUGACCGUUAUAGUGUCACAUCCUCAUGGCUGUCCUAAACAGGUCUCUGUAGGACAAUGGACACACAAACAUGAGAGAGAUGAUGACGAUGAUGAUGAUGAAACUUUGACCAGGUACUGGUACACAACAUGUACAUGUCCAGGUUCCAGUGGAGCGUCUAUCUACAGGCUGGGACAUGUCGGGUGGCCGUACCACCAUCCCCACAGUGGAUCAAACUCUGAAGGAAAUUAUUGUGGGGAGAUGUGGGACUGAUUUAACUGUUAGUUACAGUACAUUUUCAAGCUAUUGAAUGCAUUUAAUAUUGAUCAAAGUAAUAACAAGCUGAAAUGAUAAAUAUAUACUUGUGUAUACAUGUUUUUUAUUUCAUAUGUUGAACCUGAAUUGUAAGUUUAUGAUCCAUGGAAAGAAACAUUGAAAAUGUUUUAAAAUAAUAGAAUUCUAUGAUUAUCGUUCUUUUAAAAGAUUACUACAUAAAACUAAGGUGACGACUAAGAUUUUAAACUUUAUAGUUAAAGAUGACAUAAACAAAUAAAAACUACACUUACCUUUAA